CAGUGAUGCCGUGGUUCGGAUCUAACUGACCACCAUGGGAGGAUGCGUGGGAAGAGAGCGUGGGGAUUCACGCGGACAGGGGUCGUCUCGCGCCGGUGGGAGGACCGGACGGAAGCGUGGAGGCCGUAACGAGCCCCUGAAGAAGGAGCGUCCCAAGUGGAAGAGCGACUACCCGAUGACCGAGGGCCAGCUGCGCAGCAAGAGAGAUGAAUUCUGGGAUACGGCGCCGGCCUUUGAGGGCCGCAAGGAGAUCUGGGACGCGCUGAAGGCAGCCGCAGUCGCCCUGGAGUGUAACGACCACGAGCUGGCCCAGGCCAUAGUGGACGGAGCUAGCAUCACGCUCCCGCAUGGCACCCUGAAUGAGUGUUAUGACGAGCUGGGCAACCGCUACCAGCUGCCCGUCUACUGCCUGGCCCCGCCCCUUAAUCUGAUCUCGGAGCGCAGUGAGGAAGAGCCGUCGGACACGCCCGAAGCCCCCGCCCCCCCCAGGAAGGAGUUCUCCCUCAAGGUGCGUCUGUCGACGGGGCGAGACGUGCGGCUGAGCGCCAGCAUGGCGGACUCCAUCGGUCAGCUAAAGAAGCAGCUGCAGGCUCAGGAGGACAUCGAGGCGGCGCACCAGCGCUGGUUCUUCAGCGGGAAGCUGCUGACCGACAAAACGCGGCUGCAGGACACCAAGAUCCAGAAGGACUUCGUCAUCCAGGUCAUCGUCAACCAGCCGCCCACAGACACACCCACGGCCCCGCCCACACACACACCCACACCCACGGCCCCCUCCACCCCCGACAACUGAGCUGCGCCGGGACCUGCGUCCAGCGUGUGGCGCUGUGGAGCGCCCCGAGAGGAUGACUAGGUCCAGGAGCUCGGACACGCUCCAGCAGGACGCAGGUUUCUUCUUUUCUCAUAAAUGGCGCCAUUAAAGACGGACUCUAGUUCUUUA